CAUAGAAACUUCUAGAGAUUUGAAAUUUUAUUCAGAGAAAAUCAAACAUUGAAAGGUCGUCAAAAAAAAAGGAUGGGAAACGCCAGGAAAGUGGAAGACGACGACAACAACAACUCUUCAUCAUCAUCAUCAUCGCUGUUAAUAGCAGCAACCAUGUGCAUAAUCGGAUUGCAAGUUCAUGUUCACGUCAAGGAUGGUUCCGUCUUUUCUGGGAUUUUCUUCACCGCUUCCGUCGACAACGGCUUUGGCAUUGUUUUGAAGAAUGCAAGAAUUACUAAGAAGGGGACAAGUAAAUCCAAUGUAGCAAGCGGGAGUGUGGUCGAUACACUUGUUAUUCUGUCUUCCAAUAUUGUUCAAAUUGUUGCGGAAGGAGUCUCGCUUCCAUCGAAUGUUAGAGCAUGCAAUAAUGAGGUCGGAUCAGCCACAGAAACAUUACCUUCUGAGCCUCGUUUAUAUGCUGCAAAUGUUUCCACUCAAGAAAGGGGAUAUAAUCAUAAGAGGCAGGCUGGAGCCAAGAUUUUGAAGCGUAGUGUACAAAUUCCAGACAUUCAUCAAGAGGAUAAUGUUGAUAUCCAAAGCUCAAGUUCUAGCUUGGAUAGCAUGUCCGAACGAGUUAAACCCAUAGAAGAAGAUAAGAUGAUGCCGGAACCUUUUAGUAAUGGUUUUCACGAUGCUUCUGAAAGGCCCUCUUCAACUGACAAUUCAUCAUCACAAAGUACAACUUUUGAUGACACCUCGGAAUUGUGUCGGGGUAGAAUGGCAUCUUCAACUGCAUCAGUACCUAUCCAGGCCGUCAAAAAGGCUAAGGAGUUCAAACUGAAUCCAGAGGCAAAGGUUUUCUCUCCUUCUUAUACAAAAAGGCUUUCACCGUCUCCUGUUGGUAUGCCUGAUGUUGCAAAUAUUGCUUAUAUACCAAGCAACACUCCCAUGCUACCAGUUCCUGAAGCUAUUUACCCAGGAGUUGGAAACAACCCUUAUGUGCCGCAAGCACCUCCACCUUCUAAGUUUGUACCAUAUGGUAAUUUGACUGCUGGACAUGCUGUCAGUGGAUUUCAAUUUCCUCAACACAUGAUUGGGCCUACUGUUAACAGGGCACAGCCUCAGAGAUUCACCACUCAGUACCAUUCUGUUCAAGCACCAAUGCUUGUAAAUCCAAGUCCUCAGGUGAUGGUUGCAAGAUCAGGGCAGCUUGUAUAUGUACAAUCAGUUUCUCAGGAUCUGAUUCAAGGAACACCGCCUCUGCCUCUCUCACCUAUCCUCUCCCGUCCUCUACCUACCGCACAACAUGUCCAAUACCUGAAGCAUCACGGUGUAGUAGCAGCUGGCCAGCCGCUGCAGCUAUGCGUCUCCCAACCGUUCACGACUGGUGGACCGCAACCUUAUGGCAUUCCCACCCAAUUCCCGGUUAUGCAGCAGCCUCCUUUUCCCACGAAUCAGCCAAUGACAGUUGCAGUUCCUAAUGGAAUGUCUCCAUUGAAAUCAAAACCUCCAUCUCUUGUGAGCUUAUGUCUUGGAGAUAUUGGGAAGCAUUUGGAGGAAAUGAUUCCUUGUUUAGCUGAAAUCUCUGUUAUAUUUCCUGCGGACAUCAAGAUGUCGAUUGCAGCAAUUGCUAGAAGAAGAAAGCUACUGGAUGAUGAUGUGAUUAUCUCUUUGGCUGACAGUUCCUGGGAAAUUCUAGACGUUAGCGGUUCAGAUGUUACGAAUUCUGGCUUAGCUAAAGUGGCGGAAAUGUGCAAAUCUCUCCGAGCUGUGGACAUUAGCCGGUGCAACAAAAUCUCAUCCAUGGGCGUCUUAGAGCUUGUACAACACUGCCGAUCUUUGGAGACUCUUAGAUGCGGAGGAUGCCCAAGCAGUGAGUCCACCGCACGCAGAUCUUUGAGUUUUUUUAAGCCAAACUUGAGUAAUGGUGAAGGAGAAACAUGGGAAGAAAUAGACACUUCAGAGAUUGGCCAUGGUGGUCAAUCAUUGCGUUGGCUUGUUUGGCCACGAAUUGAUAAGGAUUCAUUGGAGAUGUUAUCCUUGGAGUGUCCAAGAAUAGUGGUAAAUCCAAAACCAUCACUUGUCGCGUACAGAGCAGACGAGGUUCCUCGAGAAGCACUACCAGAUGUUGCAGUGGACGAACCAUUUGUCAAAGAUAUUGAUCCUAAGACGUGGGUUGUUACUGGAGUUGUGCAGAAGCCCACAUCUUUCCUGUUAUGCAAUGAACUGCCAAUAGCAGAGAAGUUCAGACUAGCAUUUGCAGAGAGAGAUGCAAGAUUGGCCCCUAAACGUGCAAAGAAUGCAAGGCAACGACAGCGUCGUGCUGAGAGGGAUUGGAUGAUGUCAAGCGACGAAGCCAGAGCAACGGUUUUGGCAUCAAAGGCCACCAGAUCUUUGCAUAAGAGUUAGCAAUAUGAAUUCUCUUCAUCAAAUGUAUGUCAAAGAAAAUAUAGGAGUAAGAUGAGUGGAUUUUCUAAGAAUGCAUGCCCCUUAUCUACUGUGGUCGAGUUGAAUCAGUUCACACUUCACAGCAGUUUUUGGGAGGAAAAGUGAAUAUAAAAGAACAUUGGCU